CUCUUAACCGAUUUAAUCUAAGAUUUAAAUAAAUAAACAUAACAUUUAAUGAAUUAUGAAGUAGUAAUAAUUUAAAAAUAACUAUCAUGAAUUCAUCGAAACUGAAGUCGAUUGUACGCUGUUUAGGGUGUUUUUGUGAAGAAAGUGUAUCAUCGUUCAAAUUAAAAAGUGAAAUUUUACGGGUCGUUUUUCAGGAGGACAGUUUAAAACUUUGUUAUAUUUGUAAGAAAUUAGCACGUAAUGCAGAUUUAUUUGUGCAAACUGUUCAGACAAAUCAAUUAAGACUGCAGAGUUUAACAAAUGGCCCUGAUAUCUCGGACCUUAAAAUAGAAUCCCACCCAAUUCUUCAGUUGAAAACUAAAAUUAUAGAUCUAUAUAGUCAUGAAAUAGAAGAACUCACACCAAGAAUAGAACAAACCAGUAAUAUAGGAGUGAAGUGGGAGAAAAAUGAUGAGAGAGAUGAUGAAGUGUGUGAUGAAAUCCAGGACGGAUCUGAUAAUAAUGGAGAAUGUGAUUUGCCGUUAGUAAAACAAGAAGAUAUUAAAGAAGUUAAAAUUGAACUGAAUGUGGAUUUAGAGGAUGAAGAAAAUAAAAAAUGUAAAAAAAAAGUCAUAAAAAGGAAAAUGGCUAAGAAAAAAGUAGAAACAUUAAAUGAAAACUCAGAGGAUAGAACUGAUGAGACUUCAAACAUAAUUUUGGUGAAUAUAACAAUGGAAGACUUUAUGAGAGAACGUGAAGAAAUGGCAAAGAAAAAUCUUUACAUGGCUGCCAAGUAUAAAUGCAAGGAUUGUAUAAAAGGAUUUAUAUAUAAGGAAAUAUAUGAUAAACAUAUGAAACUACAUUUAAAGAGUAAUGGUAAAUAUAUGUGUGAAAUUUGCAAGCAAAGAAUGGAUUCAGUAGAAAAAUUAGCGAGGCAUAAGAAAAAGCAUUUAAUACGUUAUAAAUGUCAGGAAUGCGGAAUAGUAAGGAAUAAUCAUAGCACAAUAAAGGAUCAUUAUACAUCAGUUCAUAAUAAGCAAAACGUUCUCUUCCAAUGUCCGGACUGUUCUAGAGAGUUCUUAACCAGUGGGGCAGUUCGCAGACACAAACAUUACAGACAUAAAAGGAAUAGGAUUACCUGCGAUAUUUGCUUAAAGUCAUACGUCACCAAAUACUAUUUGAGGAAACACAUUCAAUUACAACAUUCGGGAGAUAAUUCCUUUAGUAAAUGGCAGGAAUCUCGGUGCAAUUACAAGUGUGAUGAAUGUGGUAAGGCGUUCUCGGCCCCGUCCCAACUUAAAAACCACAUGAUAAAGCACUCUGACACAAGGAGCUUUUACUGCGUUGAGUGUAAUAAAACGUUCAAAACCGAGAUAUCUUUAAAUCAACAUUUGAAAACGCUGCCACACGUCGAAUACUCUGAAUUACCGCUCCAAUGUGACCAAUGCGACAAGCGAUUUCGUGCUAAAAGAGAUUUAGCCAAUCACAUGAACAGAAUACAUCUUGGGACAAAACCUUAUCAGUGCGACAAAUGUGAAAAGGGUUAUGCGGACCAAUGGAGUUUGACUGAGCAUAUUAGGUAUAAACACGAAGGUGUAGUAAAGCCUAGGAAAUACCCAUGUACUAUAUGUGAUAAAGUAUUUAAGACAAACAGCACAUGCAAAAUGCAUAUACGGACGCACACAGGUGAACGGCCAUACAAAUGUACGAAAUGUCCGGCGUCUUUUUCACAAUCAGGAAUAUUAAAUACGCAUGUAAAAUUAGUGCAUCUAAAGCUGACUAGAGAUGGAAGACCUAAAGUCAGUGCAAUUGAUAAAUCAAGAUAUGAUUAUAACUGAAUAUCAUUGCUUCAUCAUUAUAAUGUGGUAAUAAUGAUUUAUUUGUUAGAUUUACAGACUCGUUUUUAGUAAAUUUUGUUUAUCAUUAUAUUACCUAUUAGAUCAAUUUACUUUUAAAAACUGGUAAUUCAAUUUUUAUUUGUAUGAUUGUUGAUUUGUGUAUAUUAUAGACUGGCAAGGAUUAUUCGGUUAAUAUUCGGUAUUCGGCUGUUUUUAUUAUAUUCGGCCGAAUACCAAAUAUCUACAUAUUAUUCAGCAGAAUACCGGAUAUUUAAAUAAUUUGUCAUAGAGAAAUAAUUCAUAUUUUCAUUUCCGUUACAAUGAUUUAAGUAGUCAUUGGUACAUAGCACUGGUACAUAAUCAUCUUCUGAAUUGAAAAAAAUGAGGAUUCUGUGUAUUUAAAAUAUUGUGAUAAGUGUAAGGUUUCUCAUUUAUUUUAUAAUCAUUUAUUAAGUAUUCAUACAGU